GAAAGUUAAAUAGAUUUAACUCCUUUUCGUUCUGGGUACGUAAUUUUCUAACUGUUGCGUAAACUACGCCUGGCAGAUUACGCUGAGGGAAAACUAUCCCACACAUGACCCAAUCAGAAACGGUUACGAACUACAUAUUGUUUUGCUGUACUUCUAACCAAUAGGCACCACUUUUCAAUAAGCUUCUGACCAAUAAUACGCGGGAUUACUCAGAUGUCACCAAGAGGAAGUCUGAUGUGUACACAUUCGUGCCGACGGAGAUAAACACUCUUUCUCUGAAGGAUUCUUCAGAUUUUGUUGUGAAGCGCUAACUGAAAGAAGCGAAGUACUGUUUCGUUGUGGGAGACAGUACUUCCCACAACGAAAGUACAACAAAUCAAAACAGCUAGCGUAGGUUUCUUAAAGUUUCCGGUAACCGGGCAGGUGUUCAUUCUGGUCGGGGUUUCCCUCCUCUCAGCCACCCUUCGGCUCUAGAUGGGGGGCUGUUAGCACCGAAGGAUGGAGGAUUUAACUUCGGGUCACCAUGGCUGUUGUGACGGAGUGGUGCUACAUCAGCGGUCGCCGUGUCCUCGGAGGAUGGGGCCCGCUGCUGUGCGUGGUUUUCGGCUCUCUGGUGGCCCUCCUGCUUCCCCUGAUAGGGUUGCAAAACCAGUGCUGUGGCUCCAUGAGGGGCAUCAACCAGCUCCGCUGCCAGCUGUGGGGGAGCUCACAGUCUUCUCCAGCUGUGCAGUCCACCAGCCUGACUGUCCCCUUCACGGCCCUGGAUGUGCUGCCUCAGAGGACCAAACCCAGCAAAGAGACAGAGCUGGAGGCCAAAGCAGCGCUGCAGCAGGCUCUGGAGAUGAAGAAACUUGGGAAGAGGGAGAAGGCUCACAAGCUGCUGGUGCAUGCUCUUAGUAUGAACCCUGACUUUGUGGAUGCUCUGACAGAGCUGGGGACCAUACUGGAGGAGGAGAAGGAUGUGGUCCAGGCAGACCACCUCUACACCAAGGCCUUGGCCCUCUCGCCAUGUAAUGAGAGAGCUCUGGUCAGCAGAGACCGAACCCUUCCCCUGGUGGAGGAGAUCGACCAGCGCUACUUCAGCCUAAUCGACAGUAAAGUGCGCAGGCUGAUGUCUAUUCCCAAAGGCAACUCCGCGCUCCGUCGAGUAAUGGAGGAGACAUACUACCACCACAUUUAUCACACCGUGGCGAUAGAGGGCAACACCCUCACUCUGUCCGAGAUCCGACACAUCAUCGAGACGCGCUACGCCGUACCCGGAAAAAGCCUCCAGGAGCAGAACGAGGCCAUUGGCGUGGAUGCAGCCAUGAAAUACAUCAACACCACGCUGCUGUCCAGAUCAGGAGCCAUCACCGUCAGCAACAUCCUGGAGAUUCAUCGACGAGUGCUCGGCUACGUGGACCCCGUGGAGGGCGGUAGGUUGCGGACCAGCCAGGUGUUUGUGGGCCACCACAUCCCACCACACCCCAAAGACCUGCAGCGACACAUGGACGAGCUGGUCCAGUGGCUAAACUCUGAGGAAGCCCUGCAGCUCCACCCUGUGGAGUAUGCAGCUCUGGCUCACUACAAGCUGGUGUACAUACACCCAUUUGUAGAUGGGAACGGACGCACAUCCCGGCUACUCAUGAACCUCGUGCUCAUGCAGGCGAGAUAUCCGCCAAUUACUAUUCGCAAAGAGCAAAGGGCAGAAUAUUACGCCGCUUUGAACACAGCCAACGAGGGGGACGUGCGUCCCUUCAUUCGAUUCAUCGCCAAAUGUACGGAAAUGACGCUGGAUACUCUGCUGAUUUCCACAACAGAGUACGCUGUGGGACUCCCGGAAGCCGACCGGAACCAGGCCUGUCCCAGCUGCAAACAGACCAUUCCAGCCCACAACUAAACCGGAGAGAGGGAGCAUGUGGUGUUCCCAUGCAAGAGUAUAUUUUUAAUUUAAAAGUUUUUUCUGUCAGUAGUUUGACUUAAAUUAUUAUGUUCAUUGGCCAAACCAUUUUCUUGCAAGUGUUUUAUUUAGUGCAAACGGAAGUUUUGACUACUAACAUGAGGAAAUUAUUUAAUUUUUAAGCUGCAAUUUAAAAACAGUAUUUAAAUAUUUGCCUUGAGGAAAAGUUGUUUGCUAAUACUGUGAAGCACUUUCAUGUAUUUAUUAUAAAAUAAAAGUCAUCGUUUCUUUACCACGCGCAAACCCCUUUUGACAUCAAAUGAGAUUUUGGUUAGAAAAUGUCUAACAAAGAUGCACAAGAACAAUUAAAAUAUUGAAAUUA